GCGGGUGAAGUCCGCCGUGGCCAAUUUCAUGGGCGGCAUCAUGGCUGGCGGCUCGGGCGCGGAGCACGGCGGCGGCGGCGGCGCGGACCAGCCGCUGCGCUUCCCCUACGGGCGGCCCGAGUUCCUGGCGCUGUCCCCGGACGAGGUGGAGUGCUCGGCCGACCACAUCGCGCGGCCCAUCCUCAUCCUCAACAAGGAGACGCAGCGCCUGCCCUGGACCACGGGCUACGCGGAGGUCAUAAAUGCAGGAAAGAGCACACACAAUGAAGACCAGGCUAGUUGCGAAGUUCUUCAUGUAAAAAAGAAAACUGGAGGCACUAGUUCCACUCCAAACAAGAAUUCAUCCACAAAACGAAGGUCAUCACUGCCAAAUGGAGAAGGUCUACAAUUAAAAGAAAAUUCGGACACAGAUGGCAUUCAUUUACACUACUGGUCACUGUUUGAUGGACAUGCUGGAUCUGGGGCAGCUGUUGUAGCAUCUAAACUGCUUCAACACCAUAUUGUGGAGCAGCUGCAGGAGAUUGUGGACAUCAUGAAGAACAGUGCAGUUCUUCCCCCAACCUGCCUAGGAGAGGAGCCGGAGAACAUGAUGGCUAACAGCAGAACUCUGACUAGGGCUGCCUCCUUGCGUAGUGGGGUUGGGGCUCCAGGCUCACCCAGCACCCCUCCAACACGCUUCUUUACAGAGAAGAAGAUACCGCAUGAAUGCCUUGUUAUUGGGGCCAUUGAAAGCGCAUUCAAGGAAAUGGAUUUACAAAUUGAACGAGAGAGGACUAUAUAUAAUAUAUCUGGAGGCUGCACAGCCCUUGUGGUGGUGUAUCUGUUGGGGAAGCUGUAUGUGGCAAAUGCUGGUGAUAGCAGAGCCAUCAUAAUCCGAAACGGGGAAGUUGUUCCAAUGUCUUCAGAAUUCACACCAGAAACUGAGCGUCAGCGGCUACAGUAUCUGGCUUUCAUGCAGCCGCACUUGCUGGGAAAUGAGUUCACACAUUUGGAGUUUCCAAGGAGGGUGCAGCGUAAAGAAAUCGGAAAGAGGAUGCUCUACAGGGACUUUAACAUGACUGGCUGGGCAUACAAGACCAUUGAGGAAGAUGACUUGAAGUUUCCUCUUAUAUAUGGAGAAGGCAAGAAGGCUCGAGUUAUGGCAACUAUUGGGGUAACUAGAGGACUUGGAGACCAUGACCUAAAGGUGCACGACUCCAAUAUCUACAUCAAACCCUUUCUGUCUUCAUCUCCUGAGGUGAAAGUCUAUGACCUUCAGCAGUAUGAGCAUGGACCAGAUGAUGUGCUGAUCUUGGCUACUGAUGGACUCUGGGAUGUAUUAUUAAAUGAAGAAGUGGCAGAAGCUGUCACCAAUUUUCUACCUAACUGUGACCCUGAUGGCCCCCACAGAUACACAUUAGCUGCUCAGGAUCUGGUGAUGCGAGCCAGGGGAGUGCUGAAGGACAGGGGCUGGAGAAUAUCCAACGACAGACUGGGCUCAGGAGACGACAUUUCCGUCUUUGUCAUUCCUUUAAUACAUGGAAACAAACAGUCAUUGAACAAACAGUAGCUCCAACAAGUGACAGGAAGGUGGUGGUCUUUUUAGGAAAAUCAUUUGAGAAGACAUGACAGUCAAAACAAGGACAGUUUUGAUUGACAGUAAUCUAUUCUAAACUAAUGCUGGAGGGGUAUUUUUCUGCCCAAUAGGUAGGGUUCUGCACAUAUACUAUAUAUAAUUAAUGGUAUCCCUUAAGAUUACAGCUUCCCUAUGGUUUUUGGUGCUUACUGGGAGUGGAAUAUAAAUGCUGCUAGUUUGUUACAGAUUUUGUUGUCCCUCUGAGUGAGGACCCUGUCCUGCCCUGAAUCAGGAAUUAAUCUUUUUCUGUUUACCAUGUAGCUUGAAAAAGCCAUUUUUCAGUAGUAAAAAUAGAAAUGGGUUGAAAGCUGGUGAGCUGUUCAACAACCCCAUAAGCAAUUAAAGCAGUGACUCUGGGACAUGUUUCUUUAAAAAAAAAAAAUUAAUUUAAUCUGGCCCUUGAAGUUGUUUGUUUUGAAGAGCUACUGUCAUUUUUUGGUCCAUGGAGAACCUCAAACGUGCAAAAAACUUGAAUUCUAAUUUUUCCCAUUUGUACCCCUUUCAAAUCAGUCUUGAGACUUCACUGUUCCUUAUUUCAUGUGUUUUAGUGGGAAAAACAAGAUUGUCCUUGUGACUCGGUCUCUCCUACUCUACUUAAGGUGGUCAUCUGCAAAAUUACCGUGACAAGCAGGUAGCAGUUUUGUCGAGGCUUCCUUUUCUAUGUAAUCACAAUGCAACAAAUCAAAUAAUCCUUACUUUAUGUAGUGUUUCUCUGGAAGCCAGGGUUUCUUUGGGACCAGGGAUUUUCAUUCAUUGAAUGGCUCUGUCUGCUUUAUUGUGCAUCCUGUUGAAAGGAUCACUGAACAUAUAGCUUUUGUAUCAAUUGAUAUUCAGUAAAUGUCUCUCCUGAGUUUAUUCUUACUCAGAUUUCUAAUUAAACUAGGUAGUGGUAGAGUUCUAGUAAUCAGCCUAGAAGCAUGGAUAAAAAUUUCAACAAUCCUUUCAUUUCUGUAUGUCUGUCUGCCUCAUUGUUCUUCAUAAAGGUCCUUUACCUGUCCCCAAACGUCAGGAUCCUGUGAUCAGAACUUGACAUCUCUCACAUGUAUCUUUUAAUAGUGAGUACUGUAGUGCAGGAGGCAGUAUAAUCAUUAUAUUGGUUUCAAGACCGUGGCUUGUUGGUCUCCAGUUUUACUCGCUCAGAAUAAACAAAAAUGUAUUGGAGUGGGAUAUUAUCCAAGUAGAAGCAUCAGUCCCAAUAGGAAGGCAUUCUAGCUCCAGUCCAAUAGGAACGCAAUAGGAAGACAAAUAGUGUUUCCAACCGUUGUUUGUUCUGUACACAUUCAGCUCCUCGCUCGGUGGCAGGAAUUUCGAUUUUUUUUCUACAGAAGCUUCUAGUGCACAGAUGGGUAGUCAUGUAUAGGAAGCCAAGCUCUGCAGGAGUUGCCCCCUAAACAUGUUGGAGCUGCUCAUCCUGGUUUGUAAAUAAAACAACUUCUUGGAUAGCAAAGAGAAAGCUGAGCUGAGUUGACAUAAACUUAGAGUGCUAAGCAGACAUCUCACAAAUGUUGAGCUCUUCCCAAAGGAAAAAGUGCAAGCUUUAACAAGAGGAUGCUGUGUUCUUCCCUGAGGUGGUAUUUGGAUUUUAUUCUGAAUAAUAUUGGCCUGGAGCCUGCUAAUCCAGUUAUUGCCUACAUAAACAAAGUAUAGUGUUUUCAGUAAAGUUUAUCAAGUGUUCAGGCCAACGGUUGACAUGCCAUCCUGACGACGGGUUCUGCAGUCUACUGUGGUAGGCUUAAAAGCCCAUUUCUAUAGAUCUGUACAGUAUAAGUAGGUAGGACUAAACUGAAACAGGCCAGUGUUGAGUGGACAAUGGGUCAAAUGUACAGCAAGCAUUUGAUCAGAGCCUAAAGUACGUCCCAUAGAUUGCACAGUGCUUGCAUGUAAUAAAUCCAGAGCUGAUGCAUAAAUGGAUAGAAUAGCUGAUUAUAUGUCAUACUUAAUUUUGUUUUGCUGUUACCCCUUUUUCAUGCAGUGCAAAACUGAUGAAAAGAUACCUGUAGAUUUGACCUCUGGCUGAAGUCUAGAACAUUCUCCACAUAAGCUUUCAAAUGUUUUACAUUCUGAGCAAUAGCUUUGAUCCCUUGCUUUCAUUCUCCCCCUUCUUGGCCUAAUACAUGUAUAAACUAUCAUUCAUACACACUAAUUGGAAUUUAUUCAUUCAUUUCCAAUGUAAAUAUGUCAUUGUGUAUCAUUUCAAAUUGUAGAGGUAGAACUUGUCAUGUUACUAUGAUUGUGUUAAACUGCAGUGGAAAAUGCACCUUCCCAUUUAACAGCCUUCUGAAGUAACCUUAGCGGUGUUUGGCAGCAGUGGCAGAUCACGUAAAUGGAAAAGUAGCAAAAUGGCUCUGUGCUUAUUGCCAUCUUCCUAGCAUUGAUAUUUCUUUGUGAAUUAGACUCCACUUGUUUGCUUUUCAUUCAUACUACCAUCACAAAUCACCUCAUCCCUUUCCAGCUACUUUGUAGAGAAUGUGUUGGCAAGGAGAGUAUUUCCUUAAUAGGCCAAAGGAAUGGUGCUCUGAAUGCUGAAACUGGAGCUUGUAUAACUGAAUACAGUUAACCCCUUGUUGUAAUAAACUAUGAGGAUAUUCUAGCAUAAUAAAGAACUAGACAUAGGUUACUGUGAUAAAUCUGAGGGUUUUAUUUUCCUGUUAUUUCAAAGCCUCUAUACAUGAAAUGCUUUCCCCACUGGUAUCUUCAUUACCUCUCUCUCCUACCUCUGUCUCAUAUGCUGCUAUAAUACCUUGGCUUUUACUUGCAUCUGUUUUUGUUUUAAAGGCUUUCUUACCAUAUGUAUGCAACACCCCAUGCUUUGCUCCAGAGAUACUGUAGUGUUUCUUGUACUGCCAUGGAUUCUGCUUCCUUUUGCAGGGUUCAUUAUCACAACAGCAAACAUUUGUGCUGGCAAGCAGAAAACCUUGGGACCUGUGUUUCCAUAAAAAAACAUUUCCCAGCAAAAUAUUUGAGGCUAGAUACACCAGGACUUGGGUAUUGCAAGGUUCUGUAUCACAAUACUUAAUUUAGGUAGCCUGGUGAAGAGUGAAGUUCCCAAUCCUGUUUUAAAAAUAAAGGGCUCAAGCUACCAAAAGGGAUCAAGCACCUAGGUCUAACUAUUGCUAUAGGUGUCUUAGACCAGAAAGUAUAUAUUUUAAACUAUCCAGCUCAGCUGAAGGCACUUAACAUCUCUAAGUACCUAAUUUGUGGUCAUCAAAGUUCUCUAGGUGCCUAAAUUUCUGCUUCUGGGUAUACUAGGAUGCCCUUCCUCCACAUUGCUGACCUUCAGGGCCUGACUGAGGUGCUUGCAGAGCACUUGUAAGAAUCUGUUGCACACACAAGGCUGACAGAGGUGCUGCUACUGUCUUCUAGCCUAAAGGUUAGGGCACUCACCCAGCAUGUGGAAGACCUGGGUUCAGUUCUCUCUUCCACUGCUAUGGGAGUUUAACUCAUAUCACCUGCCUCCAUAAUGGAUGUUUUAACUGGCAGGCUAUAGGGUAUUCUGAGGCUUUCUCAGGUCUUCCUGUAAAGCUGUGUAACCUGCUGUGAUAAUUAAAUAUUCAUCAGGCCACAGAGUAAGCAGGAGUAUGAACAUGACUCUAAUAAAGUACUCAUAUGAGGUUGGGGGAGAAAGGGACCUACUUUCCAGUUUGUUCCAGCAAACGUUUCAAUUGUUAGCAUAGAGGCAGAGUAUAGGUGAGUGCCUAGCAAAUCUUGGCAUGGGAUUGCUUCAGCAAGAGAGAUUAAGAGCAUCCCAUCCCAAAAUGCAACACAGCUUGGUGAUUCAUGUGUUUGUAGCCAGCUCGGUUAUUGGAUGAAAUGUGGGGAAUGGUAGUGUCUUCUCCAACUGGAUACUGUGCAGAGUUAAAUGAAGCAGGCUGCACAGCUAAGAUAAAGACUGUCUAUUCUGUGAAUCCUGGCAGGGCUUAGGUAGGAGCGAGCACUUGAGUACCUGAGGUUCCAGACUGCACUGUGCUGCUCAGCAUCCAAGUCCCAGGGAACUGAGUCACCUAUGGGGACGGACAAGGGUUCUCUUAAGUGUCACUGGGGCCUAAAUGCUGGGCUUAGGCAUAUAAAGCAAGGUUCAUUAUAAAAGUAAACUCCAGUCACCACUAUUAGAUCAGCCCAGAUGCAUGCAUUCAUGUUGGUAAGAUAAUCAGUAUCUUUAACGCAGAAAUUGACUGUAAAGGAAAUAGCAACUAAGUUAAUUGAUCAUGCCAAUCAAUAAUGUUGUUUUACUAUGCCCUAGCUAAGGAUAGAUCAGCAAUGCUUACAAAAUCAGUCACUUCAUCAAACCCUACAAUAAUAUAAAUUAUACAUGGAAAAUAUGUAACAGGCCAUCUAGACUAGUUUCUGGCACUGUUGGGUUGCUUCUUAGAGCAAUAUUUUCUAUUGUUUGGCCCAGCUCUUUUAAACAUCUUGAGCAAAGUGGUUUCUCCUCCAAAAUCAAUUCCAUAAACUGAUAGAGCUGCUUUUGAAAUGCUUCCUCUUGCUAUACAACCUAAAAUGUCCUUGUCUUACCUUAAAGAAAAGCUUAGAUAUUUUAUUGCAAGCAUGUUUGAAAUUUGCAAACAUCUUCUGUUGCAGUAACCAAUUCAAUGACACUUCCUUAGUGACAAUAUUAUCCUGUUGUCUGAGAGUGCUGAUUUUCAGUAGUCGCACACUGGAGGAGAGAAGUUGCUGAAUAAAACAAAUUAAAAGACAACCGAACUACCUACCUGAAGCAAAAGUGAUUUUUAGGCUGCGGGAUUAGCAUGAAAUUAUUUACAUGUUAAAAUAUAACCAGAGGUAAAUACACUGCACUGUAGAAACUGUGCCUGUCUCCAUGAUGUUUGAAGUACAAACACUUAAUAUCUGGACAGAUCUUGGCUUUGAACUCUGUUUCUUGUAUAUUUGCUAGGUUUUAAAGGACACUACACAAUCCAACCAAAUCUAUUGUGUUUGUUCUUUCCUUUCGGCUUUUUUUUGUACCAGUAACAUCAUGGCUUUUGUAUCUAACAUAAACCCCAGACCAUGGGGUAUUGCUGUUUGUUUCUUCAUUAUAAGUGUGUAAAUAGCAUUUCUCCCUCUGUCUUAGAUGAAAGUAUAGUAAUGUUGCUUCUUUGUAGACAAUGACCAAACGAUGCCGUAACUGUGCUGCUGUUUUCUACUUGUGAUGUACUUGAAGGAGGGGCCCUUGUCAACCUCCAUUUCCUUUUUUUUUCUUUUGUUCUUCCACAGGUACUUUAUUUUAUUACAUUUUUAAAAAUAAAUUUGGUAGCUGCUGCUUUCUUCUUUCCCUUGUUGGCUGAAUGAUCAUACUUUGAAGAAGAAUGUACAGUUGUCAACGCUAUGUUCUGAAGAAAGCAAGCUCCACUGAAAGAUGAUGAUUUGGACCAACGUACUUAGGCUUUGUGACUGUGAAAUGUUAAACUUUUUGUAACUUGAGAACAAGAAAAUGUUUAGUAAAGGGAUAUAUUUUGUGUUUUUUGAAACUUUUAAGUGCAAUGAAAAAAGAAGGAUGCUGAAGAAAUGUAUGUGCAAAGUUUUAAAAUAAAAUUUUAAAUUAUAUAAUCCCCCUUA